CUCUCUCUCUCUCUCUCUCUUUUUUCUUUUUUUUUUUCCUGGGUAUUACAAUUUAAGAUCUUUUUAUGAGAGGGGUUCUAUCAUUCAAUCGGUGUGGGCUAUUUUGGUGUUUAUGAUUUUGGGUCCCUUUACUAUCUUCAACAACAUAUGUAAGUCACUUCUUUUCUUUUCUUUUCUUUUUUUUUAAUCUUCUCCUUUAAAUAUAUUGGUAUAUUAAUUUAUGCCUUUGCUAGCCGCAUGAUGCUGAGGAUUUUUUUAUUUACUAAAUGAACAUUUUAGAGGUAGCCUUUAUCAAUCUUGGGAAUUAACUAUUUAAAUUUACUUUGAUACUUUGGCAUAGUUUUUCUAUCAAAGCUCAUGUACCUUGAGUUGGAUAUGAUGGAAAUAAAAUGUUGAGUUUUGAUAUUCAGUGUUGCAAUACCUCAUGAGUAUCAGCUUUAUGUAAAAGAUUUGAAGGUAAAAUGUGAACUUCAGCUUUCUUGAUAAGUUAUGAUACUCAUACAAUUUACCAUCUGAGUUGCUUAUAGAAAGGGAUACCAAGAAGUGAAGUUUGUUCAUUAAACAAUCAGAGUAGAAAUUUGUGCAUGCAUUUGGUCUGUUUGUCAAUUGAACCAGUUCCAAUGAAUUUCUUAACAAGCCAUUAUUGUGUUCUUUAUCUAAUCCGUGAAGUCUCAUUAGACUCUUAUAUUGGGAAGCACCUCAAUGUUCAUUUCCUAAUUUCUCAAUAUAUUUGAGAAUAUAUCAUUGCAUUGAAGGAAAUCGAUUUAUGUAUAACGCCAAGAGAAAAGUAAUUUAACAAGUCAUUUUAGUAUAAAGUAGAAUUUUAAGGUUCAAGUGCAACAUCAAAAAACUUUACCAACUAGUAAGACAUUUUAUGAAUUUACGUUUCAAAAGUAUUAUUUGAUUGAAAGAUUCAUGUGUGAUGUUAAAAGACUUUACCAAGUAACUCAAUAUUCAUUGUUUUUAAAAUUUGGAAGCUCUUCAUUAUCUGUUUCAAUAAAAAUGAGAGAACUCUGAGAUUCAGGUGUAACAUCAAGAAAUUUUACCAACUAUAUAAUAAGACAUUUUACUGUCUUUAUUAAACUAAUAAGACAACUUAAAUGAGCAGAAAGUAAUUGAAGUUCAGUUGCCACCAAACCACCAAACUCUCACUUCUAUAAACUAACACGUACAAUACAGCUAGUGCUUCCUCAUCAUGCCUAGCUAGGGUGAAGGUUAGAAGCUAAAAAAACACUAUGAUUCCCAUUUCUCUCCUAUCCAAAAUGUGCCUGUAUGAAAUAGAAAUACAAGGAGUUUAUGUAAAGGCAAGUGUAGUGGACCGUGCUGUUCUAGUAGAUGCUCAUAUUGAUGAGCUAAGGUCUUCCUUUGAAAAGCCUUUGGUUGCACCUAUUGUGGCAUUUGAUAUCAAGUGCAAACCCAAUUGCAAUGGUGCAAUGUUAUUGAUCCUUUGUAUUGGGACUCGCUGUCUUAUAGUUCAAUUAUACUACUUGGAUUCAUUUCCUGAAUCCAUCAAGAAAUUUUUGAGUGAUUCAAAUGUGUGUUUCGUUGGCAUUGGAGUGAAGGAUAAGGUCAAGAAAAUACUACAAUGGCCCCAGAUGUUCGGUUGUAAGACUGCAUUUGCCACCCCUACUGGUGUGGAACUGGGUCAUUUGGCUGCUAGGGUGCUUAAGAAGCCUAACCUUGAUGGGUGUGGUUUAGUUGAGUUAGCUAGUGAAGUUGGGGUGUACUAUGAGGAGCCAAAAAGUGUUACUUUCUCAGAUUGGGGUGCUAGGGUUUUUUCACAUGAACAGGUCAAGUAUGCCAUUCAUGAUGCUUAUGCUUCUUAUCUUAUUGCAAACAAUCUCUUAAGUUUGCUCUAGCGUUAUGUUGUAAGGAUUGUAUAUCUUUAAAAGUUUU